GCUCUGUGUCUACGGCAAGACGGUUUAGUUGCUAUCGAAGGAUGCUAGCGAACUAGUCCUUGCAUCGAUACUUGUGAUUGUGCUGUGUCUGUAAAGUUGAAUACGGCUCUGGGAUUGGCCAAUUGCGACAGUUGAAGAUUCCUUAUGGAUUCGUUGAACAAAGGGAGUAGAUUAUCCAGGCAAGGUUCUCGCAUCCGCAGACAAAGGAGCAAAGAAUGGCAAGAUUACAGUUCUUCAGACAACGAGGAUGAUCAGCAGUACAGGUACACCAGCGAACAAACAGUAGAUUAUGAGGAAAAUAGAGUAACUUCCGAUAGCAGAAAACACGAUCGAGGACGGGGUAGAGGUAACAAUAACACGAGUAGCGGCCGCUCCUACAACCAUAGCAGCAUGGAACUACUAACGGCAAGAAACUAUGGUGGAUACAGUGGCUCGGAAGGGGAGGUGGAUCCGUCUCUGGUCAGUGGCAAGAAGACCAUGCAGUAUCCCGCAUACGGCACGUUACCACGACCCCCUCACAGUGCCACGGGUUCCACUACUUGGGAUGCCUCCCCUCUACCACGUGACAAUCCUGGAUCGGCUGGGAAUGGCCCGAGAAAUCGGAUAUCCUUAUCCCUCCGUCGGGGGCCAUCUUCCUCUUCUACGUCAGACAAUAAUUCCGAUGGAACUUACACGGAUUCGGAAUUCGUAUCUAGAAACAGAGGAGGAGGAAAAUGCCAAAACGGGUUCCCGGACAGUCCGCCAGAGCCUGCACCCCCACCGGCGGUACCACCUCGUUCUGUGCAUUCUGUGCAUCACAUCGAUACCACUUUGGGAAGGAGGCCGAGAUUGGGAUAUUUGGAGAGCGAAUGCGAAUCGGAACCACCCUAUUUACCCACCAUGCUUUCGGGAGCAUUCACUAGUUACGCCUCUGAAGAUUUGCCAUCUGUAACGCAAACUGUUACACUCGUUGCCAAUCCCGGUUCCGUAUCCAUAAUUGAAGAAUCCGAAGAAUUAAAGAAACUUAACAGAAAGGACGGCGAGAGAUUGUACGGUCAACAAGUGCAGAUACCCGAUGCCUUGAAUAACGCUUCUAAAUCCGUUACCAUAGCGACAUCAUCCAAUAAUCCGGUUUCCAAUUCAUCCGAAGGCCCGACUUACAGUAAUCCACUUCCCGUAUUUUGCAAUACACCGAGUUCGACUACAGGUCCCAUGGUACCUGUCACCAAUUGUGUCAAUCCUCAACUGAUCCAGGCACCGACAGCGCCCUGUACUAGUAGACCACACUUUUCUACUUCGGCCUUCUCUGCAUCGGUCAUUUCACCUUCCAGAUUCCAUUUGAGGAAGUCCUGCCUUCACAAAUGCUCGUGGAAAUGGGCCACCAUCGUUCUUAUAUGCGUUACAAUCGUCAUGACGGCCACCAUGACGUAUUUUGCAGCCAUGAACUCGCUAAACAUCACUCCAGAAACCAGUAAACCGUGUAUAGUUGUGGAUUCUGUAGAAAGUGCCACGAGAUAUCCUGCCACUAUAUCUCCGAAUACAGGUUCUUUUCCUCAACCGGCUUGUUUAAUUCUGCCAAGAGAAAUAACGGUAUAUCAAGAAAUCCAAAUAGGACCAUUGAACAACCGUAAACUCAGGCCUCAACAGACUUGGAAUUUAUGGUUCGUCCAACAAGAAGCCAUGUUUGUUCGUUUUAAUUUCAGCGUAGGACACGGGACACGUUUGGCACUUUUGGCCAGAAGAUCCGAUCCACCAUCCAUCACUAAUUACGACUUUAUGGAAGUGGUGGGUGAAGAUCGAAGACGUUAUAAGAGGGCGACUCUAGCGCAAGAAGAAAUAAGUUUCCUGCAUUAUUUGCAAGAGGGUAAUUGGUAUUUAUCGCUGAUUAACGAUCAUCAUAAUCAAGUUUCCAUCGCUUUUCAUCUGAGUUUGGCACGAGAGGUGCCGACCACCUGUCCCUCUAAUUGUCAUCAGCACGGCAACUGUCAUCUUGGAAAAUGUCACUGUUUCCCUGGUUAUAUAGGACCAGACUGUGCAGACAGCGUAUGUCCAGUUUUGUGUAGCGGACACGGGAAAUACAUUCAAGGAACCUGCAAGUGCGAAACGGGUUGGAAAGGACCCGAAUGUAACAUACAAUCUAACGAAUGCGAAGUGCCAGAUUGCCUAAAUCACGGCAGGUGCGUGGACGGUUUGUGCCUUUGUCAACCAGGUUAUAAAGGUAUCAAUUGCGAACAAGUGGACUGUGUUGAUCCAUUGUGUUCGGGUCACGGAGUCUGCGUAAAAGGAAAGUGUUGGUGCAAAACUGGAUGGAUUGGGAAAAACUGCAGCGAAGCCGAUGACAGACUUAGCAGAUGUUUCUCUGACUGUAGUCAACAUGGCGUUUAUGAUCUAGAAGUAGAAAGAUGUGUUUGUUUCGAACAUUGGACAGGUUCCGACUGUUCAAAAGCUAAGUGCAGUUUGGAUUGUGGAAAACACGGAAAAUGUGAAGAAGGUAGGUGUUCCUGCGAACAGGGUUGGACCGGAACCAAGUGUGACGAAAAACUAUGCGAUCAGAGGUGUUUAGAUCACGGACAAUGCAACAACGGAACGUGCAUAUGUAUAGAGGGUUGGACAGGAAAGUACUGUACACUGGAGAGCUGUCCGAACGGUUGCAGCAAUCGGGGACAAUGCCUUCCUACCGGUUGCACAUGCCAAGCCGAUUUUGGUGGAAAGGACUGUAGCAUCCGACUAGAAACAAACUGUGCCGACGACAAGGAUAACGACGGAGAUGGCCUUGUGGAUUGUGCUGAUAGCGAGUGCUGCAACAACGCUCAGUGUCAGGACAGUUUGAUGUGCGUUUCUUCUCCCGAUCCUCUGGACAUUCUCUUGAGAAAACAACCUCCAGCAGUGACAGCGUCCUUCUAUCAUAAAAUGAAAUUCCUGAUUGAAGAAGAUAGCGUGCAGAGUUAUUCGCACAGAGAUGAAUAUUCCGAGAGCCAAUUUUGGAGCGCCUUUGUCAAAAGUCGUGUGGCUGUCUUACGUGGCCAAGUGUUGAACCGUGAAGGAAGUGGGAUUAUGGGUAUUAGAGUUAGCGUUGCCACAGAUCCUCAAUUCGGCUUUACUCUGACAAGAGCAGAUGGGUGGUUUGACAUAUUAGUCAACGGAGGUGGAGCGGUAACGCUACAAUUCCAACGCAACCCCUUUCAUCCUAUCAAACGUACCAUCCUGGCACCAUGGAACGAAAUCGUAGUUAUGAAGCCAGUAGUUAUGUCUGCUCUCGUGGAUACCCUACCCGAGAGCGAAAAAAAUGACCAUCAGGAUCCAUGCCACGUGCACGAUUACGACACCAUGAAACCCAUCGUAUACCAGACUUGGAAGCCAGUGUCUCAGGGUGGAUGUACGGAUUACAGUGCCAUACUGGCAGAAACUCAGGUGCUUCAAGAAACUCUAUCCAUACCCGGUUCGGAUCUUCAUCUAGUUUACCACAGCAGCCACGCUCAGGGCUAUCUUUCUACUAUCCAUCUUCAGUUGACCUCUUCGACUAUCCCCAAAUCUCUUAAAUUAGUUUACUUAAAGAUAAUCGUCGAUGGGAUCCUCUUCGAAAAGGUUUUCGAAGCCGAUCCCGAUAUAAAAUACACUUACGCGUGGAAUAAAAGAAAUAUAUACAAGCAAAAAGUCUACGGAUUGACAACGGCUAAAGUAUUCGUUGGGUAUGAAUAUCUGGAAUGUGAAAAGGUGGUGUGGACGGCUCACGUGACUACAUUACGUGGUUACGAUAUGGAUAUCUCGGAACUCGGAGGAUGGAAUUUGGAUAUACAUCACAGAUAUAACUUUCACGAAGGUGUGAUGCAGAAGGGAGAUGGUACGACGAUAUACUUCAGACAGCAGCCUCGAGUUAUAUCCAUUCUAAUGGGAACUGGAGAACAGAGAUCCCUUCUUUGCCUAGAUUGCAACGGUUUGGCAAGAGAAAGCAAGCUCCUGGCACCAGUGGCACUCACCAGUGGACCCGAUGGUAGUGUUUAUGUUGGAGAUUAUAAUCUGGUCAGAAGAGUUACACCCACAGGACAAGUGUAUACUGUCUUUAGAAUGAGAACCGCGGAGAUGUCCGCCCAGUACCACUUGACCCUGAGCCCCACGGAUGGCCAUCUUUACAUAUCUGAUCCGGAGCGUCACAGGAUCCUGCGCAUUCAUUCCCUGGACAAAGUGGACGAUCCAGAUUCGAAUUUUGACGUGGUGGUGGGUAGCGGUGAGAGAUGUCUUCCACGAGACAAAGACAAUUGCGGAGAUGAAAAGCCAGCUUUGGAAGCUCGACUUUCAUAUCCUAAAGGUAUGGCAGUUGCCGUGGAUAAUACACUAUACUUUGCUGACGGUCCUAACAUCCGCAUGGUAGACAGUAGAGGUGUGAUACACACGUUGAUUGGCGACCAUCAGUAUAAGAAACAAUGGAGGCCAAUGCCCUGUUCUGGAACUCUUACCGUGUCCGAGGCAAAAUUGAGGUGGCCCACAGAUCUGGCAAUCAGCCCUCUGGACGGUUGUCUGUACUUUAUAGACGAUCACAUGGUUCUGAAACUGACAAAGGACAAAAGAAUAAUGGUUGUGGCUGGCCAUCCCGUAUAUUGCAAGACCCAAGACGAAACUGAUCAGAGACCGAGAGUAACUGGAGAUUCGGCACUAAGAUCACUGGUCAGUUUCGCAUUCGGACCUACGGGGAUUAUGUAUAUAGUGGAAGUAGACGAUAGAAACGUAUACAGAAUUAGAACCCUGACUGCCGAUGGUGACUUGGCUCACUUCGCUGGAAGAGAAGAUUCGUGCGAUUGCCAGUGGCAAAACUGCACGUGCGUAACAGGGAAAGAAGAAGGGAUGCUGGCGGUGGACACUCGAUUGAUAUCUGUGACGUCGGUUACGGUGACGUUCGACAACGUGGUGCAUAUAGCUGAUCAGGGCUCGCUGCGGAUCUUAUCCGCGGUGCCCUACUUACCACCACCCGACGAACAGAUGCAGUAUCAGAUAGCCUAUCCGGAUCAUCACGAAUUAUACGUGUUUAAUAAAUAUGGCCAACACGUCUCUACUAUAAACAUCCUGACUGGAAAAUCCAUCUAUACUUUUCUGUAUAACGUCAAUACCAGCUUUGGUAAACUAAGCGCCAUUACAGACACUUCCGGUAAUAAAAUAUCGUUUCUGAGAGACGCAGGAAACGAUCUUCAGACCAUAGAAACUGCCAGGGGUCAAAAAUGUCGUAUAGAAGUCACUAAACAGAACUUUCUAACGACGUUCGUCGAUCCUAAUAAUUCGGAAAAUGUGUUGGAGUACGAUUCAGUUGGGCUUUUAGUUAGAAAAUCCGACACAUCUGGUAAUAUCUUUUUUUACCUUUACGACAAUAAUGGAAGGUUAACCACAAUCGUAAAACCCACUGGCAGAGUUACGAGUCUAACCUUCGAUCUCAGUUCGGUAGGUGCAACGGUUUCCUCUAGAGAUUCCGAACGAAAUUUGGAAGUCACGGUCCGUGGUACCAAAGUCAUUUCCGAGCAAGGUGGUAGCCACGUGCUGCAGACCACUCUCCACAAAGACGGGACAAUAGAAGUAGAAACUCCGUGGAACCAAGCGGUGGUUUGGGAAGCCACCAAUCAUCAAGUAUUGCAAGAUUCGAUGCCGGUUCAGGCUGGGAUGUUUCCUUUACCCACCAGGCAGAAAACAUUUUUUGGGAUGGAGCAAACAAGUGUUACGGAAUGGAAUUACGGCAUUAAAUAUGGAAAAAAAGAUGGCCACCGGAGUGUAACAGCUGUCGAACGAAUCCUAAUGGUGAAUAACAGCCAGUAUUUGUCGGUAGAAUAUGAUUGGAUCGCUUCUAGAGAAAUAUUCUACAAUAGUUCCAGAAGGCCCUUUCUGGUGGUGCAAUACGACAAUCUCGGAAGGCCCGCGCAGUGGCUUCCCACCGACACCAGACUACCCGUUAACAUUAUGUACGAGAGGUUAGGACAUCUGUCGGGUUGGCAACAAGGAACUUUAGCAGAAACAUUCGGCUACGACAGAAUGGGCCACCUGUCCGAGAUCAAAUACCCCGAUAACGCAUCUAACAGGAUGACGUACGAAGGGAAAACCAUGCCCAGCAAGAUAGUGUUACCUAGUGGAAGAAAGUAUACUUAUCAUUACGACGAACACGGAGGGCUUCGUUACGUCACCACUCCUCGUGGCACUAGACACAUAUUUGCUGCGUACACUGCCAUUGGCGUACGUAAAUUUUCUUAUACCCCACCUGGGAAUAAAGCAACUUACUCGGUACACUUCAACGAUCUUCGUCUUCCGGUUCUCAAGGUGCAUCCGGGUGAUUACGGAAGAGUACUGUACAGGUACACCAACCAUUCUUUGCUCUCCGCUGUAAUCUACGGAGGAGGAGAAGUGAGGAAGACUUACACCUCUUCUGGACAAAUUUCUUCAGAAUUCUGGAGUGCCAACGGGAUUAAUAUCGUUACAGAAUAUAAAUACGAAGGGAUACUUCUGACAGAAUCAAAAACGACGGUACACGGGAGCCCCCUCCUUGCCAAGGCAAAUUUCCGUUAUAAAUAUGAUUCCUUAAACCGCAUUACCUCCAUCAUCCCUCAAGUUGCCGACAUCCAACUGCCUAAUUUGGAGUUCUUGUAUAAUGGUACCACUGGGAAAUUAGAGCACAUUAGCCCCUUUCGUAUAUCGGAGAUCAGCUUGAAUGGUACAGUAUUCUCGGAUGGCACAGUGUCUUACAUAAGGCACGCGGAUUCUAUCAGGAGAAUCCAUCAGGUAUCUCUAGUGAUCAGUGAUAAAGAAGUGUAUGGCAUAGACGUUAAGUAUAACGCCAGGAACAAUGUUAUCUUAUCGAGAAUCUAUAUGAGGCAUCUAGGUACUUCUAUGGUGAGAGUUCAGAAUUUCACUUACGAUCAGGAUGGGCAGUUAGUAGAGAUGAUGGGAAGAGAUCAGUGGAAGUUUACGUAUGACGAAAAUGGUAAUAUGGUCACUAUGCAAUAUAUGGGUAAUCAGAUAGAUAUCGUGCACGAUUUGGGUGAUAGGAUCGUCAGCUUUGGUGAAACUCCCUAUUUGUUGGACACCAGAGGAUUUGUCGUUCAGAGGGGUGAAGAAGUUUUGCUUUAUAAUACCAGAGGGCAAUUGAUAAGAGCGACCAGAUCGGGUCGUUACGAUGUACAAUAUUAUUACGAUGCCAAUUCUAGAUUGUCGGGUAGAAAAGAUAGUUUUGGUAACGUUACUCAAUAUUUCUAUUCCCAUCCUAACUAUCCGUCCCUUUUAACACACGCUUAUAACAAUGCAGAUGGGAGAAUAAUUACUAUUACUUACGACGAUAGAUUGUUUCCUGUGUAUAUACGAUUAAAUCGUGAAAGUUAUUACGUGGCUACGGAUCACAUAGGCAGCCCAUUGUUAGUUUUUGACGUGUACGGUGACGUUGUUAAAGAAAUUCAUCGUGGACCUUACGGUCACGUCUUGUUCGACUCCAAUCCCAAUUUCUAUUUACCCGUGGAUUUUCAAGGAGGUCUCCUCGACCCCGUGACCGGCCUCGUGCAUUUUGGCGAUCGCAUUUACGAUUCGUUAGUUGGACAAUGGAUGACACCGAGAUGGGAGGACAUGUUACGUCAUCUUUCCGAUCCGAAAGGACUUCAUCUGUAUCGUUUCAAUAAGAACGAUCCUGUGAAUUUACCGAUGAAUUUCAAGAAAAAAUUGGAUCUCAACGAAUGGAUAAAAAUUCAAGGUAUAGAUAUGUCCAGUUUAGAUUUGGGAGCAGAGAAGUUAUUCGAAGACGAUCCGAAAGCUGAUCCUCCACCUCUUUACAUGGACGUGCCAAGUAUCACUACGAUAUCAGGGAUUACUUGUUCUAUAAGACAGAAACUUAAGACAUUUGCGAGUAUAUCGAGUGUUCAGAAACCGCGCGUGAAGUUAGAGCAGCUCUUCGAGAAGCCAAAACCUAGAAUUUCAACCGAAAGAAUACCGUUCGGAAGGGGUAUCAUGGUGACGAAAAGGGAAGGUAGAGUUUUAGUACACGCGACAUCGGAAGCCGACGCGAUAAGCAAAGACGUAUUUGUAUCAGUAUUCAAUAACAGCUAUUUAUUAGACAUACAAUUCCUUCACCACGGUCGCGAUGUAUACUACUUUGUUAAAGAGAGCACCUGGGGGGUGGUCGACGACAUAAAUCAACUGCAGAGACUUGGAAGUGCCGCCAAUGCCACCGUGCACGAAAUCAAAGCCGACGAUCAGCAAGGGAAUCACGUGGGUGACGUCAAAGUGCAUCUUCAUCACGCCAUCAUCAACGUCAGAUACGGUACGACACCAGAAAGAGAGCAUCAACGUCUUUUAAAACACGCCAAGCAACGAGCGGUAUCUCAGAGAUGGGCACAGGAGAAAGAACAUUUAAUAUCUAAUCCUAGGAGCCCAUCCAGAUGGAACGAAGAAGAGAAGAGCCUUCUUAUAAACACGGGUUCCAUCGCCCAUUACCGGGACCGUUAUUACCACGAUCCUCUCGUUUAUCCGGAACUGAGUGACGAUCCGUGGAAUAUCGUGUUCGAGAAAUCCGCAUCCGAAAGACGUAGGUGAUAUAGUCUAUGCAAGUGAUGUGUGCACAGAAACACUCGGCUUUCCAGUCCAGCGUGCCAAUACUGCCUUCAAAAAAAAAAAAAUAAUCCUGUGAUGCCUGCUACGUUGGUACUGUAAGUGGUAUCCGGUGCAUCCGUUCCUGUAUAUAGCACGAAGGCCGUAUAGAUCGUGAAUGGUACAUUAACCCGCGGGCGGGUAACUAGUAAGAUGUUCCAUGCCGAAUGUACAUUUUUUUGUUUUUAGUAAAGGACACUAAACAAAGGGCAAUUAUCUUGUGUUGUAAAUCGAUAAUACAAAAGUCGAUGUGUGAAUAACUCUAUAAAUUAUGGGAAUUAACCACACGCAAAACAUGUGCCAUGAGUUAAAAUAUAUUAUAUAAGAGAGAAAGAAAAGAAUUUAAAAAAAAAAUUCAAUCAAAGUUGAGCAAUAUUCAUCAAAACAGAUGAAAAUUGUUAAAGAAUUCGUUCGAUUUAACCAUGUUAUGGUCAAUUUUUUUCCACAGGAUGGGCAUGAAAUUGUUUUUUAAACAUAGUUUCUUUUUUAUUUUAAAUAAGAGAAACGGGGAUUUUUCUUUUUUGCUUGGAAGAACCAAUUGUUGAUGAAGAACAUUUAUAAUUGUGCAACCAGAUAAAAUAUAUAUAUAUAUAAAAUAAGAACAUUUCCACGGAUUUACGAAGUGGAACGUCUCUUCUUCCUCGUUUCAAAGCGAAGACAAUGAUUUUUCCAUUGUUAAUUGGAUGUCUGACCUUCUCCCAUUGUUGUACAUUUUUAUAUGAGUAACUCUACCGGUAUAGAGUUUCUAGAAAUUGUAAAUAAUGAUCAGUUAUUUAAUUUCUUUCUGUAUAAUCGAUAAAGAAAAUAA